UCCCUCGUAGAUAAACAUACAGUACAAUGCAGAUUAGGAGCAGCGGAUUGAAUGUUCCAGAUUGAUUAACUGGCUAAUCCGCGUAAACACUGGCACGUUUGUUCAAAAGCACUUGAAUCAAUUUAACGUCCACAGGUCAGUGAUGAUGGACAUGCUUAUAAUUCCUAACCUGCGUGUGAAGUUUGCAGAGAAGACCUGGGCUGACACGUUUCAGCUUGUCCGAAGAUGUAUGGAGAAAUCCAGAGAUGAAUCCAAAUCCCGUGCGGCACUGGAAAGAUCCCUGGAAAAACUCCAGGAAGAAUCAAAUGUGUGCACUAUGAAUACCACAAAGUCCCGGCUGGAGAUUAUUGCCAAACAACAAGGGAUGAGUUUUCACUUUACUGAGGCCAUGUGCUAUUUGUCAGCUGAUUUAUUCUACGUGGAGGUAUUGUUGUUGCCGAGUGGUGAAGUGGAGGAGGUAAAGGUGGUCCCCCAUGGAGAAUCCCCUGUUCCUAGCGAGUCCCUUCUUCAGCUGCUGAGGUUCAAAAACUUUGCCACCUUCUCCAUGAAGUUGCAAGGCCUCUUCGCCCAGUACAGCAUCCCUGGAGACAAUGAAUUAAAAUUAAAGUUGUUGGUGUCUCUGCAACACCUUGGGAAAGACUUGCAGAAAAUCUCACAUUUGCCAAGGAAACAAAAGUAUUCUGACCCUGAAAUGGACAUGAUAAACAAUGGCAGAAUUGGGUCUCUAAUAAUGGGAAAAGAAGAUUGUCCUAUGACUAUCCGGUUCUACAUUCCCCCAAAUGAUGGAAUGAAAUCUUCAGCGUCAGUUGUUCAGGCUGCCCAGGUUACUGUAGGUGUCAGCGACGUGACCCACAAGCUUCAGAUGGCAUCCGUGAUCCCUGAGCCUCCUCAGCUGGAUCCUCAGGGCAGUUAUCCUGUGUUUGUUCCGCUAAAUGAGGUGCCAAAUGAGAUGCUGCCUGCCUGUUUCCUGCUUAAACUGCAGCCAGCUAUGCCAGUGAUGCUGUCUGUUGUAAAGCAGCUCAGCCAAAUUACAGAUGCGACUGUACCCGAUGUUGACCUGCAGUGGGCACCCUUACCCAAGCUUCUCAUGAGAGGUUCACUAAGCACAAACAACCAAUGGGAGACGUCAUGUGAAAACAAGAGCAUUUUUACAGUGCCUCUUCCUGGUGGCGUGAUUCACAGUUAUAUUUUCCCUGGAGCUGCAUGGGAUUUGCCUGCCCACAGGGGGGCUGUGGUGGACAGUGUUCCCUUUACCCACCCUGGUCAUGUCCCAGCCCUACUGGAGCUGCUGCGCCGCCAGUGUACCAUUAACACCCUGCUGAGGAGCUGUUUUAUAUCUCAGUGCGCCAGUCCAGCAGGUUUGGUUUGUGGCCUGCCUUUCGAAGUCCUUCCAGAGUCUGAUACCAGCUUUUCUGUGACCUUCCAACCAUCUUAUGCAGACUCCCUCAGUGUUUUGUUGGUGAAUGUGCCUAAACCUCAUCAGAUUACCUGCCGUUUAUUUGGAGCACAUGCAAAUGAUCCUUCCAUUAAUGAAUACCUCUCCUCUGUCAUCAUGAGCUGUAUGUCUGUUCCUGAGACAAUGAGGAUGCUAUACAACAAGCUAGAGGACAUCACCUCUGCCCUACUUUCUCCCGGCCGCCUGGCCGCCACAGAGGCAGAAAAUGACCAUUCAGCUCCCUCCAGUACAGCUGUGACAGACACCAGCAGAGGUUCGGCCGCUUUCUCCCAAAGUGCGGCCGUGCCAAAGGACAGUUUCAGUGUCUCUGAUUCAGCAUGUUCUGCCAUGCCUGUAGCCAAAUCUGAGUCUGUUCCUGAAAUAAAUGAAAGCCCUUAUGCCUCGCCUUACCCAUUUCCCCCUGCAGGCAUGUUUCAGUGCAGGGUGGGAAACAAUGGCCACCUAUCACAGCUGAUCUAAACCUGUUGUUAUUAAAAAAAAAAAAAAUCUCUCCUGUCAAAUCAGCCAUAAAUAUGUGCCAUAUAACUGGCAUUUGUUUUCCGUUAUCAGUUAGAAAUGCUAAUGUGUAACUGCAGAAGGCUGAAUUUGUGUAAUUCAGAGUGCAUAAUCACAUGCAGGAUACUUAAAUGUCACUUACUAUGCAUUCCAGUGUGGCAGAGAUUACUGACUAUAAAGGUUUGAGGUCUGACAUCUGACCUCAGACAGCCAAGAGCCCAGUUGAUUGGUACCAUGUGAGCCAAUCAAACAUUGUUAAAGUAUAUAAUGCAAUGUCUUGUAAAA